UAUAUAUAAUUGGCCUUCACCUUCGCAGGAAGCUCAACAAAUAUCUGUCAUCACUGCGCAAUCUCAUCUCGACCUAAGUAGCAGAAAAAUGGCUCGGAUCGCCGUUGGUGACGUCAUCCCCGAUGGUACCGUAUCUUACUUCGACGAGCAAGAUCAGAUGCAGACCGUCUCAGUACACUCACUUGCUAAGGGCAAGAAGGUCAUUAUCUUCGCCGUUCCUGGAGCUUUCACUCCCACUUGCAGCAUGAAGCAUGUGCCUGGCUUUAUUGAAAAGGCUGACGAGUUGAAGUCAAAGGACGUCGAUGAAAUCCUCUGCAUCAGUGUCAAUGACCCCUUUGUGAUGAAGGCCUGGGCAAAAACUUACCCUGAGAACAAACAUGUAAAAUUUCUUGCUGAUGGAGCUGGAAAAUACACCCAUGCCCUUGGUUUGGAGCUUGAUCUGUCAGAUAAGGGGCUUGGUGUUCGAUCACGAAGGUAUGCUCUUUUGGUUGAUGACCUUGAGGUGAAAGUAGCCAACAUUGAAUCUGGAGGGGAGUUCACAGUCUCCGGUGCUGAUGAAAUCCUCAAUGCUCUGUAAGCUUAUCACUACUGCCUCCCAAGUGUUGUGGCUCUACAAUGAGCUUCUGGAAUCUAUGCCAAUAAUGUUUUUUGAUAUAUCUGUAGUCGCU